AUGGGAUUGCUCGAAGACGAUGCUCAUUGGGAUCAAACUUUAGCAGAAGUCUCAAUUUCUAAUUCAUCGUACAAAAUACGUGAAUUGUUUGCUGUUAUGUUAGUUUUUUGCCAAGUUGGAGAUCCGAUUAAAUUAUGGGAUAAAUAUCGAGAUAAUUUUACGGACGACAUUAAAAAACGAAUGAGUAGGAAUCGUGAAAACUCUGAGUUAGAUCUUGAUAUUGUUUACAAUCAAUCUUAUGACACUGCUAAGUUAACCGAAGAAGUGAUAAAAAGUGUUCCGAUACUGAAUAAAGAACAGAAAGAAGCAUAUGAAUCUAUAUUGAAUAGUGUCGUUUCUGAUUCUGGACGAUUGUUCUUCCUUGAUGCUCCUGGUGGAACGGGAAAAACAUUCUUGAUUAAUUUGUUGCUUGCGAAAAUUAGAAGUGAAAAAAGUAUUGCUAUUGCUGUUGCUUCUUCAGGAAUUGCGGCUACUUUAAUUGACGGAGGCAAAACAGCUCACUCGACAUUUAAAUUACCUCUUGAAAUGAAUCAUUCUGAUAAUAUUCUAUGCAAUAUUUCUAAGCAGAGUGAUAUGGCUCACGUUAUCAGAGAAGCAAAACUGAUAGUAUGGGAUGAAUGCACUAUGGCUCACAAAAAUGCUAUUGAAGCUCUCAACAGAACUCUUAAGGAUAUAAGAAAUAGUGACCGAAUAAUGGGUGGAAUAACUGUUGUUUUAGCUGGUGACUUCAGACAAACUUUACCUGUUGUACCACGAGGUACACGUGCAGAUGAAGUCAAAGCCUGUCUCAAAUCCUCAGUUUUAUGGCCUCAUGUUAACGUACUGUCUUUGAAAAUUAAUAUGCGCGUUCAUACGCAACAUGAUUUGAGAGCAGAAGAAUUUUCAAAGUUACUCAUUGAUAUAGGGAAUGGACAAAUUUCAGAAGUUGACGGACGAAUAAGUAUUCCGGAUAACCUAGGUGAUAUUGUUGAUGAUUUAACUACAUUAACUGAUAAAAUAUACCCAGAUAUCAAUAAAAUUGGAGUUAAUCACUCUUCAUGGCUAAAAGAAAGAGCUAUUCUGACUCCAACGAAUGAUUCAGCAAAUAGCAUUAACAACUUUCUUCUGGAAAAGCUAUCAACUAAUCAAAUGAAGUAUAAAUCUAUUGAUACAGUCGUAGAAGUUGAUGAUGCUGUCCAUUAUCCUGUCGAGUUCUUACAUACACUCAAUCCACCUGGAAUACCAUCUCAUAUUCUCAAUCUUAAAAUUGGAGCACCAAUAAUGUUACUGCGCAAUUUGAAUCCUCCAAAACUAUGUAACGGUACCAGACUACAAGUGAAAAAUUUACAUAAAAAUAUUAUUGAAGCUACAAUUUUAACAGGUAAACAUAAAGGAGAAGUCGUAUUUAUUCCAAGAAUUCCUUUGGUUCCAUCUGACUUCCAUUUCAACUUCAAACGUCUACAAUUUCCUGUUAGGGUUUGCUAUGCUAUGACUAUCAAUAAAGCGCAGGGGCAGAGUUUAAAAUUAGCUGGUGUAGAUUUGAGACAUGAUUGUUUUUCUCAUGGUCAGUUUUACGUGGCAUGCUCAAGAGUCAGUUCACCGGACAACUUGAUUAUUCUUCAACCAGAAAAAAAGACGAAAAACAUUGUUUACAAGGAAGUUUUAAGUUAG